AUGAAAAAGACGGGAUUGUCGCUUUCACCGAGGAUCUGCAGAUAUUCCACUUCGAUUCUCAACUAUGCCCAUGUCGUCACCGGUAGGAAUCUCGUCCGUCGACUUCUUGCAGAGAAUAUUGUGGAGCCUGGCAAAAUCGCCAUCAUUGCAGGGUACGAGGCGCAGUACACAGUCUACGUAGCAGUCGCGGCCCGCUGUAUUGAGCAUGAUGCAUCAGGAAGCGAGGACUGGUUGAAUAUCAGUAUACAUAAGAUCGACUCAUUCCAAGGCAUGGAGGCCAGCAUCGCGAUAAUCGACGUAGUCCGCACAAAUGAGCUCGGAUUCAUGCGUGAAUUCAGGUAA